AUGGCAAUGCACCCCUUGUCAGAGCGGCAAAUUGCCAACUUCCAAGAACUUGAGAUUCGUGUCACUCAGCCAUAUCACUUCCUCAGGGUGGUGGAAAAAAAGAACGUGUCAGCACAGCAAUGGAACCUGGAUCGGCUACCUAGUGAUGGCAUUCAAAACGAUCUCGGUCUUGAACUUGAGGCUGCCAAGAAACAAUUUGAGAAACUCGAAUUCAAUUACGUGCAAGUGGCUAGUCAGCUUGAGUUUAUCCAGCGUGUGGCACAAUGGGAUCCUGAGGCAGCGGAAGAGCCCGCAGCGGCAGUAACGGAUGCUGCCAUGGCUUCGGCUCGCGCGCAGCUCAAGGCCAUUCAGGAGGAGGCCCAGAAACAACAUGACAGGAUUGCACAAAUUGCCGAGUCUAGCAUUGAGAAUCGACAAACCAUUGGUACUCUGGCGCGGGAGUGCACAGAGCUGCUACGAAUGGUGAGCGCCGAGAAUACCAAGUAUCAAGAAGUGUAUGAGCAGCAUGCAGCACAGACAGCUCAGCUGCAGGGUGUCGACGCAACAACAGACCUGGAGGCUGAGCUGGCCAUGCUUGAGGAUGAGGUCAUGGCCCAUGAGCAGGAAUUGGUCCAGCUUGAACAACGACAUGCGCAGCUCAAAGAAACUACGAGUGCCACAGAAAACCGGCUGGCAAACUUGCACAGCGAAUGCGAGCAAUUGCAAGCUGAAAUGGCCAGCGAGCAGAAUGACGACCGGCAAGCCGUCCGCGAAGCCAUCGCCGAGCAAAGUGCGCAGCUUGCGUUACAGCAAGUCCUCAGUGGCAUUGAAAUCGAGCGGGAGGAUGAGCAGUGCUUGGACCUGCGCAUCACCGUGGGCACCCAGCGCCACCACGUGGCUUUGAUUCGCCAAGGGGGCCAAGUGCAGCAAAUUUUGCUUAACGGCUCAGACAGCACCAUAAAGCAGCAAUAUCGCCCUUUUUUGGACCGUAAUGACUUGGGCGGGGCUUUGCGUGCUGUCAUCGCCCAUCUGAGUCAAUGAAGUGCACAUUGUAGGGCUGGUGCUCUCGCAUCAAUGUUCCCGCAAGCCCCGCACACGCGCGCAGUGUGCCCCUCUCUUCUUUGUGUUCUUCUCUUUUGCAUGUUAUCCGUGGUCUCUUCUUUAGAUGAGUCUGACUUGGCCAAGUUGUCCGGCACAAGUCCGUCAGCUUUGAAAAAUCUCAAAGUUAUGCGUCUGUCGUCCUCAAUGAUGUCGAGAAAGUUGAAUAGUGUCCCCUGCGUCGCCCGAUGGUUACCACCAAAUUGAUGUCCACACAUG